AACAGGGGCGGACUGACCAUUUGGGAACUCGGGCACUGCCUGAGGCCCACGGUCAGAAGGGGUCCCCAUGAGAUGCCCCUGGUACCUUUUUCAUAGGCUUUUUUUUGGGUGUGGUUUUAGUGUGGGCAAGGACACAGGGGCCCCAUGGUCCCCUAUUGCCUGGGAGCCCCAUGAGUUGUCAGUCUGCCCCUGGACUGUACUAAUGGCACUGGGCAGGAAAGGGUUACAUGAGGGGCGAUCAAAGGGUUAACUGUGUGCUGUUUUAUAUUGGGCUGUGUCCGUGUGCUUCACUGUAAGCACAAUGCUUUGCAUGGCUGUGCUGUGCAUAGCCAUCCAAAGCAG